AUGUCUUUUGGUCCCGUCGUCAUGACAGUUGUGCGCUGUGACAGCCUCAAGGGUCGCCGUGGUCGCCUCUCCUCCAAGGCCCGUUGCCAGCCCAGCGACCUGAAACCACCGAUCGCCAGUCUCGUUGGCUACAGCCUGACCGGCUUUUCGCCCAGACUCAACAGCCAGUCCAUCUUU